AAUCAGAAUUUUAUUUUAAAUAUACAAAACAUAUCAAAUUCUUAUGUAAAUAGUUUAUUUAUUCAAGUUUUGUGUAAAUAAUAACAAAAUUAAAUUAUGAAAUCUGUGUUUAAUUUUGUGAAAAGUGUUUUUACUAGUAGUGAUAGUAAUACUUCAAAUAAUACUACUAAUAGUAAUAACAAUAAUAAUAAUAAUGAAAGUAAAAGUGAAUCUGAAAGUCAAAAAGUCACGGAUCGCCUGUUUGUGAAUGAGAUGGACACCCAGCACCUACCAGCCCACCCGAAUCCACAGCCAGUGGCCGCCCCACCUGUCCCGCCUCCCCCUCCCGGAUGUGCUGGUGGUGUACUACUGCCUCACUGGCGAAGUGAGCCAUUGCCGGCCCAUUUGGCCCCGUCUAAGGAGCAGAUAGAGAAGGAACAGUACGCUUACCUCCCGGACAAACUGCUCAAUACGCUCAACAAAGACAAAAAACCAUUCACUUAUACACCCAAAGGAGUGUCCGGUAACGAAAAGGGAAAGUUAGACCUGACAAACAUCCGAUCGCCCAAAAUGAAGAAGCGUUUGCUCAGGAAUUUGGCCGACGAUGAGGAAGACUCGGACCUAAUGUCGGACACCGAAAGGGUCACGCGAUCGGAAACACCCGAAGUGUUGUCCAAACAAAAGCCUCAAAUGAACGCCAGACGUGCCAUCACUCCAGAAGUGCCUCAAAAACAACAGAUGUAUUCCUCUCCCAAUCCACCCCUCAAUGGCAACACUUUCCCCGAUAUUCAGCGACAAAUCAAUAAGGAUUUUGAAUCGUUUAUACAAAAACAGAUGAAACAAAUGGAGGAGUCAUUGAAGAAAAAGGAGAAUAACGGUGCGAUCGAUGUGAACGGAUUAGAGCCUGAGGUACAGGAGCUUUUGGACAGUUAUGCAAACCGACAAUCUGUGCCAAUGCCUAAUAAAGUGGAACCAAAGUCUUUUGAACGGGAAUUGAUUACAACGAAUGGAGGCGAUAAUUAUCCCAAACCUGAGAGUACAAAACCGGUCACCCAACCCCAACCACAACCACAACCCCCACCUCCUCCUCCUCCACCACCUAAACCGCAAACUCAAUACCAAUACAAACCCCAAUCGCAACCCCAACCCAUCCCUCAAGCAAUGGAAACCAAUAUAAAUCAUUCAAAUGAAAGACAAAACGGAAACAAUGAUUAUAGAUAUGAUAGUAAAUGGGAUAAUAAUAAUCCCUAUAAUAAUGAUGACAACAAUCAUAAUAAUACUAUAAAUACUUCCAAUCCCUGGGAUUCAGAUCUACUGAGACACGUACUCGACGGCGGCCUACAGGAGGAAAUUGAAAAGUUUGAACAAAUAUCACUGGAAACGCAAAAGUCAUUCACGAGCCCAAAGCCAAACCCAUAUCAGCCGCAAAACGAUAGCUAUUAUGAAACGGAAAUCUCAUCGUUUGAGACAUUUGGCAAAAGUCUGCCAAAUCCGGCGCCCGUUUGGAGGCCUUCCAAUCAAUUUGAUGACUCUUAUGGCACACAAAACCAAACAUCUUCGCCGUACGGAUCGCUUAAUAGAGGUUUCAAUAGGAAUGGCUUAAGGAGUCCGCAGCCCUACCAGAGCUCACAAGCCGUCGCCAACACUAAGCCCUGGUCUGAGAGUUCGUCUCCGUAUUCAAGGGUCGGACAGAGAUCGGCGUCCGUAGAGCCCAUGUAUAGGAGCGACAUUCCAUCCAAUCAGUAUAGGACUGGUAUAUCAGAUGUUCCCAACUAUAACUCCAGACCCAAACCCUUCUACUUAUGCUCCGAACCCCCGACACCGACCGCCACACCUCCGCCACAGUUUAUUCAACAGCCGAUACAACGGCCCCCUCGAGACAACCAAUUCUCGACAUUUGGCAAAAAUUGUUGGCCACAAAAAAUCAGUUAUCAAAAUGAAAUGAGAACAAGUGGCAUGGAUUGUGGACCUCAAACCAAAUACAUAGACAGCAUUGGGAUGUACGCCCAAACCACUGGACCCGAUGAGUGGGACCGCAGUAACACCAGUACUCCCGUUCCCAGACCUGCCGACCGAAACAUCAAAUUCUCAGACCGUAUAAUAACAUCCCCCGAACGCACUGGUAUUAAAUCUCCUGAACCGCCCAAACCUAUCCUCAAGAAAAAACUACCCCCUUCUGAACGGCCACCCGAUCCCACGCCAUCCAAAUACAUGGGCGCAAACAUACCCUCCCGUUCCUUCCGAUUGUUGCAGUUAGUGACCGGCGAGGACAUCGACAACCAGUUUAUUACAGACGAUAAUACAGUCAUUGAGACCAGGAUUAAGCCAAAGACUGUCACUUAUUCUAACCAUGAUGACUUUGGCACCGAUUUUUGA